AUGAUACUAGUCGAUGCUGAGGGGAACAGGAUCCAGGCAAGUGUUCUCAACAGGACAUUGCUUAACCAGUUUAUGGAGACUCCAGUCAAAGGCCGAGUAUACUUCUUUGCUAACUUUGAAAAUAGGGAUACCCCGAUUGUUGUGGUGCUUAAUCUUACUAGGGUUGGGUUUGUUAAAGAUGGACAACCCCAGAUUUGUAGCUCUUUCACUGCAACUAGGGUCUUAUUCAACCCUCCUUUGCCAGAUGUGGACGACUUCAUUGAGAUUGCUAAGGAGAAAGCGUCCCCUGUGAUGACAUGCCUGACCCAACCAAUACCUACUCAGUCAGGCCAACCUUCAGUUGACAGCAUCCUACGUAAUAACAGAAGGAUAGAUAUAGCUGAGCUUAAAAACCAAAGGACGGAUGAGCCUUUCAUGAUAUCCUGUGUUGUUAUGAAGUUAGAGACUCGUCAUGGUUGGACAUACGAUGGUUGCUCUAAGUGUUCUAGCAAGCCCAAGUUAGAAGAUGCUAAUGUUUACGGCCUUACAUGCAAGAAGAUACUUGAAGCGCUUGAGCCCAAGUAUGAUGAUGACAAGUUAGCUGUUCAGCUCUUCAACAACAAUGCUGCAAAGAUGAAAGUUACUCUGGAAAAGUUAGAUGAACUGGUGGGGAAAAUAAUGAUACUGAAGUUGAAACUAAAUGACUAUAACAAGAGGUAUCCUUCUUCUAGCAUCAGUGCUUUGCAAUACACUAAUGAUGUGGCUAAUGACAACAAUACAACUGAGGUCAAUGUGAAUGAGGAUGUAGAAGAUGGUGUGGAAUAUAAUGAAGAUGAGGGUCAUAGAGAAGCUGAAAAUGUUGUUCCGUCUGAACUCCCCAUAAGGCAAACAAUGUGGAAAAAAAUUGUGGUUCUUCUUAAUAGAACAUUGAAGGAAGUCAAGCAAACCCUGAUGGGGACAUGA